AUGACAGAGACAUUUUCAUCCGUGCCGAUCGUCGACUUCGCUCGGUUAAACGAUCCUUCAACGAAAGAUGAGGAGCUGUCAAAUUUGCGUCAAGCCAUCUUCGUUGUUGGAUUCCUAUAUUUGACCAACACAGGAUUAGAGAGCUUAAUUAAACGUACCCAUGAAAAUCUACCCAAACUAUUUGCCCUAUCGGCCGAGGCCAAGGAGAAAUGCAACAUGAUUAACUCGCCAUCGUUUCUUGGCUAUACUCGCCUCGGUGCCGAGACCACUGCAAAACAAACAGACCUCCGCGAGCAAUUUGACUUCGGUACCCCUGGCGUGAGACCCUGGACAGAGCAGGACCCCUUUUGGCAACGGCUUGAAGGGCCUAAUCAGUACCCAGAUUAUCCAGGCGUGCAAGAUCUGGUCGAAGAAUAUAUCGCGAAGACUGAUAGCCUGGCACAGGCAUUCGUGCGCCUCGUCGCAGAAUGCUUGUCCCUGCCCCGGGAGACAUUUGAUGGCUUCAAGGGUAAUAUGAGCCGGCUAAAGUUUGUCAAAUACCCACCCGCAGUGCAAAGCUCCCAGGGUGUUGGCCCUCACAAGGACUCGGCGGGUCUUUUCACAUUUCUGUCCCAGGACAACACAGGAGGACUCCAGGUACUCAACAAGAACGGAGAAUGGAUUAACGUGCCUCCCAUUGAGGGAAGUCUUGUCGUAAAUAUCCAACAGGGAUUCGAAGCGAUCACUGGAGGGAUUUGCGCAGCCACAACACACCGGGUUAUUGCGCCCACUUCUCAGACGCGUUAUAGCAUCCCGUUCUUCCAGGGUGUGAGACUAGACUUGACGCUAAAUCAGCUGAAGGAAUCCGCUGCUCACAUCGUGCAACGCAUUCCAGCCUCUGACGACAAGAAGAAGCGAGCAGUUGAUGUGCCUAGUGAAUUCCUUUCUCCUUUGUAUUCUUGCUUCGGCGAGGCUCACUUGAGAAAUCGCAUCCUGAGCCAUCCGGACGUGGGCCAACGGUGGUAUUCAGAGUUGUAUGCAAAGUAUUCUCAGCAGGUCCUACAAUAG